AUGGGCGGACCUACUUUGCGAUUCCAAUGCCUGAUAGUCCCCUUUGACCUUGUUGAGUUCCCUUUCCAGGUUCUCAAUCCUCAUAUCUCGUUUCUCGACGUCGUGGAUAUAUUUUUUAGCUUCGCUCAGCAGCUUUUCGUUCAGUCGUUCCAUAUCGUGAUUGAACUUCUUCUCUCCUCCUAACCUCUUGUUUUCGAAAGCGCUCGAGUUCUUCGAUUCGGGUCUCGGAUUUGGCAAUUUCAUCCUCCAUCGUUCGCAUCAUAAUCGAACCCUUUGUAUAUUGGGACUCGAAUUUUUUAGCCUCCUCAGCCAACCUUUCCUUUUCCUUCUGCAAUCUCUGGUUUUUGUUCUCAAUGAAGGUCCCUAAGAUUUUCGACUGUUAAACCACUUAGUGCAGCUGGCUCCAAGGACAUCUCAAGCCACAUUGGGUUUACAGCCAGAAGCUUGCCCUCCUCUCCCCCUGCCUCAUCGGUAUUCGAACUCCUUCUCUGCCUUAAACUUUGCUCCUCCGGAGCCGGCUCUGGCCCCGGGAAGUUGACGGGGUUCCUAGCUCUAACAGGAGUGCUAGAAUCAAUUGGUGGACCUCCAAUAAAUCCCGUUGAGUCGUCUCCAACACUAUCACCACUUUCAGCGUACGGCCUAGGCGAGCUGUGCAAUGCAUCGAAAAUCGAAUCCUCUUGUGCGUUGGCCCUCGAUGGUGACCGCCUCGGGGAAAGCCUUGGGGAUCUGAUAAGACCGCUACCAAAGCCCUCGAACGUAGGACUUUUAGAAGCAGACGUAUCAAUAUUGGGUGGAGAUGGUUGGCGGUUGGCUAGCUGCUCCUCUUGACCUGUGUUAGUGCUUUGGAGUUCGGUUAAACGAUCAAUAAGCCCAAAUCCCAACAUCUUCCGAGCCAUAACCUCAAACUCAGAUUGCGAUAGGGUUAACGAAGGGGCCUCUUCCAUUGCGGUUCGAACGGCCAUUUCACCAUCCGCACCAAGAAUUGAGUAUGUGGUACAGCCGAAGCCUUUCUCAAGCUCACGAAGAAUCGCAACAACAUCGCGCACUGCGACCUAUCUUGAAGUUAGUAAGGAAGUAGGAAGACUACGAGCGUUGAAAUGUAUCGUUUACUAAGCCACGGAGUAGCGAAGUUUGGGGUAGAGGAAUAACCUACAGAGCCUGUAUCAGCAGGAUCAUAUUUAUUGAAUAUGGUUACAUAAAACUCUCUUGCGUUAAAAGGAUAUGAUGAAGCCGAACUGCUUGAAGUACCGUCUUGGGAUCCUUCUCGUUCUUUCAACCUUGUCUUCCGAUUGGAGGGAACUGGUAUUCUCGCAGGCGAUCCUAUCGCGGUGACAGACGAACUAGCCCCCCCGGGAAAUUUAGAUUGUGCAGAUGUACUCCGACGUAAAGCAGCCGAAUUGCGGCCGUUGACCGGACCCGGCGGGGACGGUCUUGGUGCCCUUGAGAGUCCGCCUAAGCCCAAUCCGACGCUGAGUCCAACACCUGUCGUUUCAGUGUUAUUCUGGUUAUUGCUGUUGGUAUUGACUUCGUUGCGAUACGAUGUAGGGCGAGUGGGAGUAGACGUUUGCCGAUUAUAAGGAGCAGGCCGUGGUAUGGAGCUUGGUAGUGGUGCUGAUGAAGGACCUGGAGUAGCGGAGGAAGGACGGGGUUUUGAUGGAUCUCGUCCAGCAGCGGCUUUCAAGUCGCCUGUUGAUUUCCGAUUCAAGCCUGACAUGAUUCGAAGUUCUUUGUUUUAAAAGUAUAUUGUUGUUGUGUU